AUGGCAGAUGGCCCCGGUAUCUCCAUAGCUCUGUCUCCGCCGGACACUACCUACACCAGGACAGAGGGGGACACGUUACCGGACAUCACCUGUACAGCGGACUGUAGACCUGGCUGUACCUUUGUCUGGACACGACCGGACAACAUCAACUUUACUGUCUCACCUGUGUUGUCACUGGGAAAACUGGACAGAUCAGAACACGGGACGUACAGGUGUACUGCUAGGAAUAUUGUCGGAGAGUCAACUACAGCCAUAAAUGUUAUCAUACAGUACGGCCCCGGAACCUCCUCAGCUCUGUCCCCGUCCGACACUAUCUACACCAGGACAGAGGGGGACACGUUACCGGACAUCACCUGUACAGCGGACUGUAGACCUGGCUGUACCUUUGUCUGGACACGACCGGACAACACCAACGUUACUGUCUCACCUGUGUUGUCACUGGAACAACUGGACAGAUCAGAACACGGGACGUACAGGUGUACUGCUAGGAAUGUUGGAGGAGAGUCGACUAUAAUGAUCAGUGUUACUGUACAGUAUGGUCCUGGAACUAGUAUAUCAUUAUCACCACCAAACACUGCAUAUACUAGAAACGAAGGUGAUGCUUUACCGGAUGUGACGUGUGCAGCAGACUGUAGACCUGGCUGUAACUAUGUCUGGUUACGACCGGACAACACAAACUUUACUGUCUCACCUGUGUUGUCACUGGGACAACUGGACAGAUCAGAACACGGGACGUACAGGUGUACUGCUAGAAAUAUCGGAGGGGAGUCGGCUAUACUGAUCAGUGUUACUGUACAGUGUAAGCCACUCCCGUACCAGAUUCCGGAUGAAAUCCAAACGAUUGAUCUAGCUACAACAGAAAACCUUACGAUUCCGGCUUUGUUCACCUCUAAUCCAUCACCAUCUUUUAUGUGGACAUUUCAACUACAUGAAUCGACAACUUCCACCCAGCUUAUGAAUGGGGAAAGUAACGUAUUGAUACAAAACACGUUUGAGACAAAGAAGUUAACCGCUGUGUCAAUAAUGACACGUACCAACAUACAGCAUAACUGGUUUGGGCUGUACAACGUCACUGCAACCAACACUCAUGGAAACGCCAAAUUAAGUUUCACAGUUCAUGAGAAAAGAUACCCAGGUUUCCCAAACAAUCUUUUGAUUGGCUGUACCAAGCCUCACUCUGCUGAAGUCUCAUGGAGUGACGGAGGGGACUCUCAGUGUUACCAUGUUAUGUUCAGCACAGACAAAUUUCUUAACUCACAAGAGGUUUAUCCAGUGAUGAUUACAAAACACACAGACGGAAGUGACGUGUAUAUUCUAAAUAUAGACAAUCUGGAUGGAAGCCGUGUCUACUUUUUUAAGGUUGUGGCAUACAAUAAGUACGGAAACACAACAUCGGCUGAAGCUGUCGGCUGUACUGUUCAGGAACCAGUUGCCCGUUGUUCCGACAGCAUGUUUGUGGCAGGGAUAGUCCUCAAUGUGAUUGCUGUAGUCAUGGUUUUGUUCACGGUUGGACUCGGGGUAUUUAUCAGACGAAAUGGACGACUGCCAUUCGUCAAGGGACGCCGUAAACAGGAGGAGUUCAAGAAUGUUCAAUUUUCAAAACGAGAUGGAACUCAUGAUAAGGAUGGCGAGGGAUCUCAAUCGGAACAAUUUGAUGUAGACAGCAUUGCCAAGGUGUCCACUUACUCUGAAAUUGGAGGGCAUCAUCAAGUAUACCAAAAUGAUCCAGUCAAUGGCGGGGAUGACCGAAAGUACGAGUUCUUGGAAGGGCGUUCUAAUCCAAACGUUUACGAAGAACUUCAGUGUACAGAGUCUGGUGACAGAGGGACAUAUGCCAACACCGGAGAUGCUGGUGACGAUAAACAUUGACACAACACCAGAUACAUACCAUUAAUAAAUAAUGUCUUGCUUUGAAAGGUGUGACAAUAUCAAUAUCAAAAUACUGCAUUUCAAUGAUGCUUUAAAGAACCUGUCGGGCGAUUAAGUUGGCAGCAACAGCAUCAAUAUGCAAUGCAUAUAUCCAAAUCAACAUUUGAUUCUGACGUUCCCAAUCACACCAAACAGGCCUUGUGAAUCGCAUGUGUGGUACGUUGAGCAAUGGAGAACGACAUGCGUUGGAGAACUAGAAAUUAUUAUGCACUAUUUUACAAUCAUCUACAUUUAUGUACUUUGAUCGUGAAGAAUAACAAGUAUCCCGUUAUGUUGUUAGAUUGUAACAAUAUGUACAAUAAUGCGAUGAAAAUGAUUUGAUUGCAAAACAAUUGAAAAUUCUGUUGAUGGUAAAAAAUACUAAAACACUAGUUAAUCAUUUUAUAGGAAAGAGAUGUAUCCGUCAGUUUUUGUUUUCAAAACGAACUUAAUCGGAAAAGACAUAUUUCAAAUGACAAACCUACGACAAAAAGCUGACAACAGACUUCUGUGUCACUUGGAAGAAAUACGUAAAAAAUUGUCAGGGAUGCAAAUUUACGCACUGAGAGAAAUACGAACCCUUACACUGCCGGUUCAUUAAGUGUUUGUAAACAUGUUGCAUGAUACAAUGUAUUACGAUCAAGCAACAUUUUAAACACACAGAAUGUGUCAAAACUUAUGUAUUUGUUUAAAUUCAAUCUGCACGUAUAAACAUGUUUGAAAAACUAAAUAGAUCGAUGAAAUGUCCACAAAUGUAUCUAUGUCACCUUAUUCCGUUAAUUGUUCAACAAGUUUUGCUUUAUUCCUUGUAAGAUUUCCAUACCGUUGGAAAUACAUUCUGUCAUGAUGUACUGAGGAAAUAUGACAGUUGGAAUACAAAUGUACAGCCACCUUGUUCUAUCAGGUCUUUUCAGAAGUCGUUCGCCAACACGGUGGUGAUUCCUGGCGGUGUCAACUGGCUUUAUGCAUGUGCACACUUGAUCUAUAGAAGCAUUCGUUUCAAACGAUCCUGGCUCUCGUUUCAAACGCACCUCAUCUGAUUGGCCUAGCAAGACUACGGGACACCUUUUCUGAUACACGUUAACGGUUGACGGGAUAGCGAUAGGGAUUGCAUAUAUUUAUUUGUUCACAGCUCUUGUUUUACGAGUCUAACAUCCGACUCCUGGUAUUUAGAGUACAAAUAGUAAGGAAAAAUAAACUUAGUUAUUCGAGACCGAGCUAAGAUUCUGUAAUAUUACAAUACAUGAUAUUAGCCCUCGAUUUAAAUGCGAUCUCUGUCUUAAAAUAAAACAUUAAAUUAAA